CAUUCCUACAACUCUAGCUCAAACACACACUCUCCAAACAAUUCCUUAUAAUUAUUUUAUAAUAUAAAAAAUAUUUAAAACUUUUAAAUUACCAAAAUACCCUUCACACCACCUGUAACACCCACCCCUAUAAAUUCCAAUUCCAAUCCCCCUCUCAUUUCCCUCAACCCAAAACACACUCACUCUCUCCUAAUUAUCCUUUAACCAAAACCUCAUAAUUUUCCCAAUUUCCUUGAAAAAAAAAAUGGGAGUAAACUCAAAUAGAGUAGAAGAUGAGAAUCACGCAUGUUUUGAAACCACUCUCAAUAUCAUCCCAAAUCAUAACAACAACAAUAAUAAUACAACAGCACAAACAAUGGUGGUGCAAUUACCAAAUAACCCUUCUUCUCCAACAGAAUUACACCGUGUUUGUUUGCCACCAAAAAGAAGUACUCUCCAAAAACUAAAACACAGAGUUGCUGAUAUAUUCUUCCCUGAUAAUCCAUUCCAUAAAUUCAACAACCAAACAUGGCUUAAGAAAUUAAUUCUUACUCUUGAGUUUUUAUUCCCUGUUUUUCAAUGGGGCCCCACUUAUAGUCUUAAGCUUUUUAGGGCUGAUCUUAUUUCUGGCCUCACCAUUGCUAGCCUUGCCAUCCCUCAGGGAAUCAGCUAUGCAAAGCUAGCCAACCUACCACCAAUCAUUGGCCUAUAUUCAAGCUUUGUGCCACCAUUGAUAUACUCAAUACUUGGGAGUUCUAAGCAUUUAGCAGUGGGCCCAGUUUCAAUAGCUUCAUUAGUAAUGGGGACAAUGCUAAGUGAAGUUAUUUCUCCAACUGAAGAACCAAUUCUUUAUCUUAAGCUUGCUUUUACUUCUACCUUUUUUUCUGGUGUUUUUCAAGCUGCUCUUGGUUUUCUCAGGUUGGGAUUUGUGAUAGAUUUUCUGUCAAAAGCAACCCUAAUAGGAUUUAUGGCUGGGGCAGCAGUCAUAGUGUCAUUGCAACAGCUCAAGGGUUUACUUGGGAUGGUCCACUUUACUAACCAAAUGCAGAUCAUUCCUGUUUUGUCCUCUGUUUUGAAGUACAAAAAUGAGUGGGCUUGGCCAACAAUUUUAAUGGGCUUAUGCUUCCUUUUCUUUCUUCUUUCAGCAAGACAUAUUAGUGCCAAAAGGCCUAAGUUGUUCUGGUUAUCAGCAGCAGCACCAUUAACAUCAGUUAUCCUCUCUACAAUCAUAGUUUUCGCCAUCAAGCCAAAGCCUCAACGUAUCCCAAUUAUUGGUUACUUGCCUAAGGGCCUCAACCCACCUUCAGCAAACAUGCUCUAUUUCAGUGGCGCUUAUCUCGGGCUUGCCAUCAAAACUGGCAUUGUUAGCGGCAUUCUUGCUCUCACUGAAGGAAUUGCUGUUGGAAGAACAUUUGCAACCCUUAACAACUACCAAGUUGAUGGUAACAAAGAAAUGAUGGCUAUUGGUCUCAUGAAUAUGGCGGGUUCUUGCUCUUCUUGCUAUGUCACAACAGGGUCAUUUUCAAGGUCUGCAGUAAACUAUAAUGCAGGAGCAAAAACCGCAAUCUCAAACGUAGUCAUGGCAUCAGCAGUCCUCAUUACUCUUUUGUUCCUCAUGCCUCUGUUCCAUUACACACCGACUGUUAUCUUAGCUGCUAUCAUCAUCACAGCAGUCAUUGGUUUAAUCGAUUACCAAGCAGCUAUUCAUUUGUGGAAGGUUGAUAAACUUGAUUUCUUGGCUUGUGUUUGCUCCUUCUUCGGCGUCCUCUUUGUUUCAGUUCCUCUGGGACUUGCUAUUGCUGUUGGAAUUUCGGUGUUCAAAAUUUUGCUUCAUGUCACAAGGCCAAACACAAAUGUUCUAGGAAACAUUCCCGGAACUCAAACUUACCAAAGCCUUGGUAGAUAUAGAGAAGCAAUGAGGAUCCCUUCGUUCCUCAUCCUCGCUAUUGAGUCUCCUAUCUACUUUGCAAACUCAACAUAUCUUCAGGAGAGAAUACUAAGAUGGGUUCGAGAGGAGGAAGAGCGACUCAAAGCUAACAACGACAGUAUUAUGAAAUGCGUAAUCUUAGACAUGAGUGCCGUGACAGCUAUAGAUACAAGUGGGAUCGAACUGCUUGGCGAGCUCAGGAAGAUGCUUGAAAGAAUGUCGCUGCAGCUAGUACUAGCAAAUCCAGCAGGAAAUGUGAUGGAAAAACUGCACCUUUCAAAAGUGAUAGAAUCCUUUGGCUCACAAGGGCUUUACUUGACAGUAGGAGAAGCAAUAGCUGAUAUUUCCUCAUCAUGGAAAGCUCAACCUUAACCAACUUCCAAGAGGCAAUUCAAGUAGACAUAAAAUAUAAUUGGAAUCAUUUUAGGUUAGAAUUAGUCGAGCCGAGUUGUAGCAGUACUAUGUAUAUGUAACUAAUGUGAACCGUCAAGUUCGAGCUCUUUCAAGGAGGAGAUUUUGAGGCCUUUUUUUUUUUUUUUUUUUUUUUUUUUAAGUAGGUCUUUGUCCUUUCGGAAAAAAAUAAUGGAAGAUAAGUUGCGCGAAAUAGCCAAAAUACCCUGUGACGGUAGGCAAAUACCGUUAUUUUUAUGUUCUUUCUCCUUCCUUUUUGUCGUUGUCGCUUUCAUUUUAUAAAACCUUAUCAAGAGAAUAAUUAAUCUGUUGAUUAGAAAGAAAAGCUUCAAAAUUAUUAAAUGAAAGGUUGGAGAAAAGGGAAGAAAAGUGUAUAUAAUUUUGGCUGAUUAGUACAGAUUUUUGACACAAAAUGGGAUACCCCAUUAACAAGAUUCUGAAAAAUAAUAUUAGAAGAAACAACAGUACUAACCAUUAAGCCAAUUUAUGAAUGUUGAUAAGCAUAUUGUAGACUAGGUAACCCUACCACAUUUCUACUUUUUUCAAAACAGAAUCAAUUUUUUUCUUUUUUUUUUUGAUAAAUAGAAGCCAUUAAAACUGCCUUCUCAUCUUAAAGAUAAGUCAAUCUUUAUCAAUCACCCAAAAAAAAAAAAAAAAAAAAAAAA